UAUCCUCGUCGGGCGCUCCAUGUCCACACGCUCUCACGCAGGCGCCAAGCGCGACAGGCGGCCACAACCACAACGCAACAACAACCACAACGCAACAACAACCACAACGCAACAACAAGUGUCACGUUAACGACAUCACGCCGCACACGACGACGAUGGUGGUGGUGAUGGUGGUGGUGAUGUAUAACGACGCGCUGUGUACACGCGCGUGUGAUGGUGCGCUGUAGUGGACCCGUGCCUCUCUCGCGAUAAACAAGCGGCAGGCGUCGUCGCUAUUGAUGAUGGGAGCUCGCAGGUCGCUGCCGACGCCGUGAUGUGUUAGUUGUACUGUACACACCGUUUCGUCUACGCGUCCUGGAAGUGGCUGAGCUGAAAUGUAAGGAGACUGAAACCUCCAUCCCCGACGAUGAUGGGAGUAAAGGCUGGGGAGGUGACGGAGUGGGGCGAGGAGAGGGAAGAGGGAGCCAUCUACACCGUGUGUCUCCGCCGGGUCCACAUCACACAGGGCCUGAGCAAGGGGGCACGCUGGCUCGGGGCGGUUGAGAGCGGCGAGGAGGGCGGCGGCUUCGUGGAGAGCCGCUCGGACACGCGGCGAGCGCGCGUCCUGCGCGCCGCCACGCUCGAGCGCCUGGUGGAGCAUCUGCUGGCGUCGCGGCGCCUGCACGACUCCUCCUUCGUCACCGUCUUCCUCGCCACCUUCCGCACCUUCGCCACGCCGCUCCGCGUCCUGCAGAUGCUGCUCGACAGGUUUGCCACCCUGCAGGGCCUCGUGAGCGCCGAGGAGCUGGAGCAGAGCCAGUCCCAGGCCGCGACCGAGGAGCUCAACGGGUGCCUCUGCUCCAUCCUGGGGGCCUGGCUGGACGGCUACGGCGAGGACUUCCGCGAGCCGCCCGACUUUGAGAGCCUGCGGCUGCUGCUGUCGCACGCGGCGCACUCGCUGCCCGGCUCCGACGUGGAGCGGCGCGCCCACACGCUCCUCGCCCAGCUGCAGCAGCCGCAGCAGCAGCAGCAGCAGCAACUGGGCACUGCGUGGAGGAGCUCGGGAGCCGUGGGUCCGUGGCCGGCGGGGGAGACGCGUCCCGACUUUCUGUCGUUCUCCGCCGACGUUGUGGCAUCGCAGCUCACCUUCAUGGACGCCGAACUCUUCAAGCGAGUGGUUCCGCACGACUGCCUGGGCAGCGUGUGGUCGCGCCGGGACCUCUGCGGCGGCGCCGGCGGCGGCGGCGGCGGCCGCUCGGGGUCGGUGAGAGCCACCGUGCGGCAGUUCAACGCCGUGGCGGGGUGCGUGGUGUCCACCGUGCUGGACGGGGCCCUCGCUCGACCCGCUCACAGGGCCAAGGUCAUCCAGCGCUGGGUGACGGUCGCACAGGAAUGCCGCCUGCUAAAGAACUUCUCGUCGCUGCGUGCGGUCGUCUCUGCGCUGCAGUCCAACCCCAUCUACAGGCUCAAGCGCACCUGGGCUGUGGUGGCGAGGGACACGAGCGCGCUGUUCGAGGAGCUCUCCGACAUCUUCUCGGGAGACAACAACCACCUGAACAGCCGCGAGUUGCUCCUCAAGGAGGCGAGCUCCAAGUUCGCGACGCUCGAGAGCCACAUCAAGGACAACCACAAGAAGGUGCAGAAGCGCCUGCAGAUGCAGAAGGAAACGGGCGCUGUGCAGGGGACUGUCCCCUACCUGGGCACGUUCCUCACCGACCUCACCAUGCUGGACACCGCACUGCCUGACCACGUGCAGGGAGGACUCGUCAACUUUGAGAAGAGGAGACGGGAGUUCGAGGUGCUGGCCCAGAUCAAGCUGCUGCAGUCGGCGUGCAACAGCUACAGCCUCCGCCCCGAGGAGCGCUUCCUCGCCUGGUUCCACAGCCAACCGAGCCUCUCCGAGGAGCAGAGCUACUUGUUGUCGCGCCAGCUGGAGCCGCCCGUGGAGAGCACGCUGUCCCCGUGCCCCCGCAAGAAAGUGAUCCGCCACUUCAGCGGCAGGGUCUUCUCCGGGGCCGACUCCCCGUUCCUGGCGGCCGAGGGGGGGGGGCCCAGGGUGCGGCGCUGCCAGUCGGGCCGCGUCGGCUCAAGCGGCAGCGCCUCGGAGGGGGAGGGCCCCCCCCCAACGCCGCCCCCCCCCUCCCCCACCGCCGCCGGGGGGCGGGCGGCCCCCCAAAUCCGCACGAGCGGCUCGGAGCCGGAGAUCCGCAUCUUUGUGAUGCCACCCGGCCCGGAGGGGUCAGAGUGGGACGACACGGACACGGCUUUCGAGGGCAGCUCGGACGCAUCGCUGGCUCCCCCCCCCCGGGCGGCCGCCUCCGCCUCGACGCCGGGGUCUCCCGAGAAGAGGCCCCGGGCCGCGGCGGCGACCGCCGUCGACGGCGCGAUGCUGGCGGCCCCUUCGUCGAGGCCGGCGGGGGCGCGGACGCACAAGCGCUCGGGAUCGGACGUGCCGAGCGCCGCGCGCGCCGCGUCGCCCGCGUGCAGCCGCCGCUCGGAGGGGGAGUGCAUCGUGCGCGUCAGCCUGGAGAGGGCCAACGGCAACCUCUACAAGAGCGUGCUGCUGACGAGCCAGGACAAGACGCCGGUGGCCAUCCGCAAGGCCAUGACCAAGCACAACAUGGAGGCCGAGAAUCCGGAUGACUUCCUGCUCGUGCAGGUCAUCGGCGAGGGCAAAGAGUUUGCGAUCCCGGACGGCUCCAACGUCUACUACGCCAUGGUCACCUCGCCCAGCUACAACUUCAUUCUGCGCAAGCGCUCCUCGGGGCGCCGGCGGGGGGGGGCGGCACCCUCCUCGCCAUCCCACCACUCCGCCUCCUCCGCCUCCUCCUCAUCCUCCUUCUCCUCCGUCGCCGCUGCGGCCCCGCGGGCCCACGCCAGCGCCCGCGCCGCGCUGGCCGAGACGUUCUCGCGCCUCACGCUCUGAGCGGGCCUCACGCCCCGGUCGUCGCCGCCGUCGCCGCCAGCAGCAGCAGCAGCAGCAGCGUCCGCUCCUUUUUUAAUCCACGGGCACAAAACGGAGCCACGCCGGUUUCUGGCUCGGCGAAUGGCCGAGCGGAAAACCAGAAAACCACCGUGUCGUAGCGCGAGGGGGACCCCCCCCCCGCACGCCGGCUGGUGGUCGCGUGCGGCGGCACGAGUGGCGGUGCUGGUGGCGACGGUGGCGGUGGCCGGGGGGAACUGUCCACCUUGGGACCAAAGCUAUCUGGAAAGAAUCGCGCGCAUCCAACACGGCGAUGGGGACCGAGGGGGGCUCUGAGAGCGGCUCCGCCGAGGGGUGGGGGGCGCGGUGAACGUUUGUCCGGUUUUGCCGAGUCCCUUAAAGCGACGCAACUUCAUACCGAAAGUUUCGUUCAGAUCGGACCGCCUUGACGAGCGCUAUCGUGAAUCCCUCCCACCCCCCGCACCUCCAAC